UCCGCCGCAACUAAUCGUGACGUUUCCUCCUGUAGUCACGUGAUUGUAAACAUGGCCGCGCGCUGUUGAAAGUCAUGCGAUAGCUCUUGGAUAUCAUUUCUUAAUUUUAUCCUUUUCAAUUGCAGUUUAUUUGCAGUUCUUUAAACAUUUCUCUUGCUAUAUUCUGCCAACAAAAUUGUCAUGGACCCCGCCGGACAGCUACGAAAUUUGCGGGACUUCCUCCUCGUUUACAAUCGCAUGACGGAAAUCUGCUUCCAGCGAUGCACAAGCAAUUUCAACUACAGAAAUCUUACAAUGGACGAGGAGCGAUGUGCUGACAGUUGUGCUGGCAAGUUAAUAAGGACCAAUCACAGGUUAAUGGGCACAUAUGUGCAGCUCAUGCCCAUGAUGGUUCAGAAACGAAUGCAGGAGAUGGAGACCAAAGCUGCAGAGUUGGCAAAAGCUGAAGCUGCAGCACAAGGAAGCACUUCGUCGGUAGAAAAUCCAUCCAAUGCCAUCGCAACCACAACACCAGUGCUUGAGAGCCCACAGAUGCCUUCGCUUUCUAAUAAUCCAUCAGAUAUCUCAGCACUUGGACAGUCAUUGUCAGAUGUGCCCACAGUACAGACCUUUACAAACGAGUCUUUAGAAGGACCAGUAGCACCGUCGCCGGUGAUCUCCACGUCUUCUAGCGUACUUAAAGUAGAUAGAGGCCCCGUUUUGAGUGCAGUAGAAAAACUCAAUCUAGAGCCCAGCGGUGUUACAACCACAACAGUUCCUGAAACACGGUCUGAAGGGGGAGCAGGACAGAGCCCCCAAAAUCCAUCCUGAUCUUGAGACGUGGCAGAGAUGUCUUCUCUGCCUUGUCUAGAAAAUUCAGUUCAUGCUGCAUAUUAAGUCCUAACAGCCAAAAGUCACAAAAGCCUUUUAAGACCACUGACCAUGGAUGGGUUUCAUAAAUAUUUAAAUACCUCUCCUGAAACAUUGAAUGAGGAUGUACUACUGGCUAACAUGUGUUUUUUAAUAAAAGCACAUCAUUGAAAAAUCA